UAGAACUCUCAGCUACAUCUGGUCCAUAAGCAGGAGUCAGAGAGAGAGAGAGAGCUAACUGGAAACGGUGUGGACUACCUCAAGACCACCCCCAGUGACACACCUCCUCCAACAAGGCCACACCUCCUAAUCCCUCCCAAACAGCUCCACCAACUGGGGACCAGACAUUCAAACGUGUGAGCCUAUGGGGGCCAUUCUCAUUCACACCACCACACUGCCUUAGUUUCCCACCAGGGGCUGAUUUCCCCACAGUCCAGGAGUAUGAGGAUGGGGCAGACAUCAGAGGUGAGCAUCUAGCAGCCUGGGGUAGAAAAGAAUUCUGGUAAAAGACAAGAAGUCUUAACUUUGGUUAAUGUUCCUGGCCCAGAACCACAUCAACUGGCCCACGAAAAAUGUUCUGUGUGACCUCAUGGACACAGCAACUUCACAGGCCCAGUCCCAAGUUCCAACCCUAUUUUCCCCCUCUGAACCAAUGGGUCCUGCACUCAGUCUGUCUCCUUUCCUACUGUGGGAGCAGAUGGCUAUUCCACCCACUAACCCAUGUCCCUUCUCUUCCCUGACAGCCUCUGCCUUCUCACAGGCAGCCUGGGUUCCCCACAACCUCGUCUUGUCACAGACACAAAGCUUUGUGUCCCAGAAUGGAGGAGCCAGAGCAGUCCCCGUCGCUCUGGCUACUGCCACCAUCGCUACAGCCCUGCCGAACUGCACCCUGGACUCUGAUCCUGUAGCCAUCAGUGCCCUGGUCCCUGUGUUCUAUGGACUCCUGAUGACCAAGAUCCUGGUACUGUUAGCUUUGCUCCUCAGGGUCUUAAGAAAUCUAUGUGGGCUACACAGGAGUUUCCUGGAGGCAUCUAACCCAAGCCAGGCCACAAUCCUAAGAUGGGUGUCCUGUCUCCCUCAAGCCAGGGCUCCCAGGAGCUCUCCCAAACCUCUGAAUAACAUAAUUCUUCAAGAAAAGUUCAGAACCUGAUCCAAAGUUCAGGACUACUCUGCUCAAUACAGACCUGAGCCCUCCCUAAUAUAAUGCUAUCAAGCUGAGGGGUACAGCCCAUGCCCCCCAAGUCAAGUUCAGCCACCAUCCUCAAUAGUCAAAAAAGAAAGAAAGAAAAAUGAGUAGUGAAAAGAAGAAACAGGAGAUUUGCUCCAUGUGGCCAUGCUGGGAAGAGGAACGAAGACCCCAAGUCCAUCUUUGAGGUCCAAAGAAAGAUUAAAGUUGAAGUCGAGGCCGAAGAUCUAAGCAGUCCUGGGCAUGUGUGGUCCUGCCCACUACUGACCCCUCACGGACUGAGUUGCGGUCUCACCCUGUAAUGCUGACCGAGAAGUUGUCAGGGCUUGUGAGCCCCCUCCCCAGCUACAACCAGCCUUUUCCAUCUCCCAGUACCAAAUUCCGGAGAAAAUUCCCAUUUCUUCAGAGUCCAAUGUUUCAAUAAUCUGACAGUAACGCUGAGCGACAUAAGUCUCUCUGUGGAUUAUCUUCACUCCUCUAACGGAGCCAGUGCCUUCUAACUGGGAGCAGAUCCCAGGGCCGACGUCUCUCCACAUCCCGAGUCACCAGUCUCCUCAUAAAAGAGAUGCUUUCGACAAAAUCUGCGCAGCGGAAUUCCUGUGUCAGCUGGGUGACUUCCAUCCGUGUGCCUUGCUGUGCUUACACAGAAGCUCGAUCCGAACCAUGGCCCUCCUGUCAGUCAGCCCAGAGUCAUGCUCAGCCGCACCGUCCUGCACUGUGCACCCUCUUCCCUCCCACCCCCC